AAGGAAACGGUACCAAGCUAUACAGACCUCACAUAUAGAUUAAUUAUUGAGGGAUUAUAGUCAGCAUGCAAUCGGCCAUUGCAUCGAGUGCCUACUAACUCUUGUGGGCCACCGCACAUUGACUGUUGAAUUCUGAUAGUGCAUCCCGCAAUUUUCUCGUCUGAAAUCACUUCUUAGCUAAUGAGGACCAUAAGAACUAUCAACAAAUAGUACCGACCGCCUCUUACCGUUCAAUUGUCUUUGACUAGUGAUCGCUGUGUUUUGCUGGAUGAGGACACACCAUUUCCGUUCCUCUGCGAUGAUCAUGUUGACUGUCCGCUCACAGUGUGUUUUUUAGUUAUGGCUGGUGUUGACCACGCCUAUCAGUACUCUGUGGAAGUGAAGAGCAGGUUCUCACUGUUCCUGGACGACACUCUGAAUAGUGAAGACCCGGAUAUCCUGCUAUCCAAGUUGCAGAGUAAACGAAGUGAAAAGACUAAAAGGAUAAGUCACAUGUGCAACAGCAACAUGUGGUACCUGCAAAGGUCGACACGACAACUAAGAGUGAGGUGAAGGUUGAGACUGCAGCUCCGAAAGGUAAGAAAAUGUGUAAUAUUAGCUAUUUAAGUUGGUUCUCGAGUGUCGAAAACCACCAACGUCACAGAGCCGCCACCAGUGCCACCUGAAGACGUACAAAUCACAUCCACAAAGGGGACAGAUGAAUCAAUUAGUGCCUUUGUGCGUGGUCGUGGUUCAGGUAGAGGAACACCUCGAGGGAUGCGUGUAGGCAGAGGACAAGGGUCUCGAAUGGCUUCGACAGAAGCACCUCAAGAUUCAGUGAGUGAUUUGAAUGCUACCAGGUAAGCUUGUUGUGAUCUCAGUGGUUACUUACAAGAGGGCCAAGUUUCGAGCCUAGAGGACGUGGGAGAGGUAGAGGAAGAGCAAUGUUUGGUCGAGGUCGUGGGAUGCCAUUCAAUUCGAACCGAGACUUCGACAAUCAGGAUGGUCCAGAUCGUCAGGGCCCAAGACAAUAUGGUCGAAGAGAUGGAAAUUGGAGUGCUCAGGAUGUUGAUGGUCAAACAAUGCCUGAGAGUGGUGACUCAGAGCAAGUUGUGCGUUUCUCAGACGAUCGUAACGAGGUCGAGGACCAGUCAGAGCAUGCCACAGCGGAGAAUGAGGAGGGCGUGGUUGCCAACACAGAAACCCCAGUUGAGGAAGAACCGAAAAGCUACACAUUGGAAGAAUACAAGGCCAUGCGCCAGUCUUCCAAACCAGCCAUCUUACUGAACAACAAAGGUCUACGCAAAGCUAAUGAUGGUAAAGAUGUGUUUGCAAACAUGGUGGCUCACAGAAAAAUACAGGAGGUCCACGAGGAUAUCUACGAGGUGGAGGAGAAGGAAAACGAGCCUGAGGAGCAUCAGUCGAUCGACAUUGAUUUUUCUUUCGCCGACAACUUUGGAAGCCGUAGAAGAGGUGGGCGAGGAUUUGAAGGCAGAGGGUUCGAUCGUGGGCGUGGUGUCACACGCGGUGCGGGACCAAGAAGCGAACGUGGGGGUCGAGGAAGAGGUCAGAUGAGGAGUGACGGGCGAGGUCGUGGUUUCGGCCGUGUUCUGCCUAUUAACGAUCACAUUCCACCUCCAGCAAUUUACAACGACCAGGAGUUCCCUUCCUUGAAGUGAAUUCCUAAAGGAAAAUGGAAACAGACUGUUGGAUUAAUAAUAUUCUUCCUUGUCAACUUUUACUUCCUCAAAGGCUUUUAGUCCAAGCCUCUACUUACCCAUACUCAUCCCUCCCUAUUAAACUUCAGCUUUGUAAUCUAGUUUCUCCUAAAAGCAGUUCGAGGACUGGAUUUGGCUGUGCUGCUUGAGAGCUAAUUGCAAAGCUUUGUACAUGAGUGUUUUCAGAAUGUUACAGUUUUGCGGUUGAUGUGAUCAAUCGCCCUAAAUAAACAUUAAUAAGAUUACCUUCUUCAGCCUUUUCACAGUGUGUUUGUACUGAUUCCUGUUUGAGUAUGUUGAACUGUUUGUGCUUUGGACGCACAUGGGAUAACGCUUUUAGCCACAUAGUUCCUAACUCCGGCAUUCUCACAGGGGUCUGUCUGCGGUUCUCACCUGCCUCGUGAUAAGUGCCAGGCAUAUAUGCCGGUCUAGUGUACAAACAUCAUACUCACAUCGCAUGAGACAACUAAGAGUAGUUCGGUGUGGUAUGGUUCGACUCGUUUCCAGCUAGUGUGUUCGUGUUGGACUACUUUCACUCUUCACGAUAGCUGUUAGUAGCCGAGUGUGAUCCUAAGGUAUGGUUGUGUGGGUUUGUAUAACGUUAGAUUCGUGUCUGGUUUGCUGGCAACUUGGUUGGGAUGACUCGAACGGGGUGAGCACUUGUGUUGGGCUCGUACUCCAGUAGACCAAGGAUGUUGAACCUGGCAACUCAUGCUUGACAGAUACGAAUCACACUAAUGGUCGCCUGGCUCGGUCUUGUAUGGACUUUGCACUAUGAGGUGGCUGUAUUGUGGCCAACCAUCUCUGUUAUGUUCAUCGAAUGGGCGUUGUGCGCGUCAGGAUUGCAAGGUUGUUGGGAUGCUCUCCACAUUGCCCAGAAUUUUCUCAUGCUUGCGACGGCCGUUAGCUGUACAGUGAUUCACAUUCAGUCGGCCACAACGCAGGACCAGGCACAUGCAUGCAUCGGCCAAGAUACCGUACCCCAUUAACACAACAACAUGAACAACAAAUUCAUAUAAGCAGUUACUUCGGUUAUAGUAAUAAAUAAAAAAGGGUUGUGUAUGAAAAUAUGAUACGGGGAGAAAGAAUGAGUUCGUUGAAAGGAAGAUAUAAAGUAAGUUUGAUCUCACGGUUUAAGGGAAGACGAAGUGUAUACACCUACUUGGUUGUGGUGGAUUCUGAGCCAUGUCACCCAAAGUCUCCAACCAUUGGUUACGAUAGUCGCGCGGACCCCAACCAAGUAGUCUGCAUUCACGAGAUGAUUGCAAUUGCUAAUCACAUGAAGGAGAUGAUGAAAGGUGGGAAGUAAGUUCACGAAUGCGUGUGCGGUGAGACUUUUCACGUUGUAGAAGUCUACCAAAUUAGUCAUUACAUUUCGCAAUGAUUCGUUUUGUCUUGGAAAGGCUCGUGGUAGUCGUGACUAUCAAGGUCUCUCAGUUUGUGCAGUCUCCUUCCGAGUAAAUUUAUGGAAGGUGCUGUCGGCACGCGUUGAUACGGAAUGCUUCACUCAUUGAUAGCUCGGUUUGAACGUCGGUAGUCAGCUGAAAGAAUUUGGUCCUGAGUUCAUGGCCUCUCCUGUGUGCGGCAAAUCUACAGUUGUGGAAGGUAAAAAAAUGAGGGUAUAUCAGGUGUGAGGUUAUCGUUAAGUGAUGUAAAGACUGCGGUCAGGUCACCUCGUAUUCUUCCGUAUGAUUCAGCUUUGUUAAGCGUCAGGCCAUUUCGUCAGUUAAUUUGGGUCUUCCUAUAGCCCCGCGAUACCUCGUUCUCCUAGUAUCUCUCUCCAUGUGAUGGUAUUAUCGGUAUGUAGGAAGACUGAUGAUGAUGGAAAAUACUGGACGAGUCACUUACGUUUAAAACAAGUAUUCCUGGCUCUGAGAGUGUCCUGAGGAACACUGAUACGCACUGUUUUUCAGCCAGUCAGCGUAGAAUCAAUGCAUAGAACCUAUCCACACCCAACGGGAAGGUUGUUCAUCCAUGACGGAAACCGCCCACCAUCCAUAUAUCUCCUUCCGAUUAAGUUUAUGUAAGGUGCAAUCGACUCGCCUUUAUAUCAUUUUGUUCACGUUCUAAAUAUUUUAAUUCAUAGUACUUGCAUUAAGCGUCGGGUUUCGUGUAUACAUUAGUGUUUGUUAAAUGCACAUCUUAUUCUGUUUCAGUGUAGAUAUUGUUGGAUAAAUUCUCCCAACGUCACCAUCUAAUCAUCAACAUAUAGGUAAAAUACUACGUAGCACUUUUGUAUAAACCUAGGACACUGAAUACUACGAAACUUCUUAGGUAAUCUCGUUGGUUUGAAGUUUUCUACUCGAUAGUUAUAUUGGAGUUGUGAUAGACAAAAUCAUAAUUUCAGUAGAGGUGUUUCUCAUUUGUCCUGAAUAUCCUCCAUUAGCGUUAUAAUUUUAGUGGAACGGUAUCGUGAGUGGACAGGUCGUAUGUAAAAGUAUACCGGCAGCUUUUUUUUAAUAUAUUCAACCCCGUAGGGUAAACCGUGUUAACUAUUAGAUUAACUGUUAUGUAGUUUCUAUGCAGUCUUAGUCCCAUUAACUAGUUUUUUAGCCUACAGAAGAGUAACCAA